CGGCUCCUUUUACGGGAUGUUUUGGUGUCGCAUUUCAGGACACUGGAGUGAGGUCAUGUCUCUGGGUGGAAUCACGCUUUACCCAUGGACCCGUCGCUGGAUGCCGGCACAUUGCGCUGCUCUCGAAGUGAGACACACCUUAGGCUGACGGAAGAUGAGAGGGCACGUAGGUGGCCGGUUGGGUGGGCGGAUGGAGAACCUGUGGCUGCUUGGCGCCAUCCUGCUCCUCGUGGACCCGAGUCCGGGUGACACUGCUCAGCUGGAGCAGAUCGAGUGCGAACAGGACCCUCAGCUCACCUGUGCACAGGACCUGACAGACUGCACAGUGAAAGAUGGGGAGCAGCCCAGACCGGAUGCUGACCCUGUCCAACUGGACAACCUGGAGGUCAAGGCUUUGCUGUGCUGCUGGGGAAGCAAAUACUGCACACCUUGUUUGAGUAUUAAAACCUAUUUCACUGUCCCAGAAGAAUCAGCAGACCAUGGCAAUGAUGGCAGCACUGCAGCAAUGGAUUCUGAGAGCAGGGAUAGGAUCAGUGGCGAAAACAUGAUCCCCUAUGUGACAGAGGCUUCCGUCACAGUGUGUUACACCCCUGCAAACGCCAUGAGUGUGUGUAAGGUACUAGAGUUCACAGUGCCCCCUGUUGGUGUGGAGGACCAGGACAAACCGGAGGUGUGGCUGUCACUGGUCGUGUCUGAUAAAUUAGCCUUCGGAAGCCACGUGUUUGUGUCUGCCAGGCCCCUGAACCGAAGCAUCACUAUUCCUUCAGUGCAGGAAGUCUGCAAAUCAAGCCUAAGCAAAAUAGUGAACAUGUGUGAUGUUCCCAGGCUGCAUGCAGUAAUUGACCAUGAAAAGGGAGUUGCCCGGCUGGAGCUGGACAGCAAGGCUAGGAACCAUUCUUUCUUAGCGUGCCUGAAAUAUAAUGAGAAAGGGGACUGCAGAUUCCAAACCCUGAAACACACAGAGAAUAUUUCAAUUCCACUGCCUUCUGUCACACCCUGCCUGUGUGUUCAGGCAAAAUGGAUGAAACCGGAUGCUUUGCGUGUGGAAAGCUGUCCUUUUAAGAACAGCAGAGAGUUCCUCAUUAACAUCUGGAAAAACACAAACCUGUCCGUCGAGGUUGUGCGGACCACCAGGGACCACACCGCGCUCUCCUGGAGACUGGAGGCCCCCUGCAGGGUGGAGGCCGAUGUGUGGUUGUGCAAGAGGCGAAUAGACGCACCCAUGAGUAACUGUGAAGAAGUGCAGGGGACACGGACCCAACUGCGCAACAAGACGAAUUACCGAGAGCACUGGGGAAAAGGAGAAUUUGUCAGUAUUGUCCCUCAUCCUGGACUCUGUGUUGUGGCAAAAGUUUGGGGCAUGAGCGCUGAGCUGGAUCACAAGUGUCCUUUCGCAGCUGAUAGGAAGCGUUGGAGCCUUACUGUCUUUGUUUCCGUGGUGCUGCUCUGCCUGGUGAUCCUCAUGUCAUGUGUGCUGUCCAACAGCAUAAAACGAAACCUGCAAGGUGGACAUGUGGUGCUCCUGUACCCCCCAGACCCAGAAGAAGCCCUACCAGGGCUCAUUUGCUGGCUGGGCUCCUGGCUGUCGACAGCUGGCUUCAGUGUGAGCGGGGAUCUGUGGAGCCGAGCUGAUGUGUGCUCUCUGGGACCCGUGCCGUGGCUGCAUUCGCAGCUGGAGCGUCAGCGACGGUGCGGCGGCAAGGUGGUGCUGGUCCUCACACGCACCGCUAUGCAGCAUGCUGAAGAUUGGGCCUUGGCCAUCGAGAAUUGCCACACCACCCAUGGGAAGGCUGCCCCCCGGUGCUCCCCAUAUUCAGAUGUCUUCACAGCAGCGCUGGGCUGCAUUCUAUCAGACUGCCAACAGGGUCAUGCUGGGGAGCGCUUUGCCCUGGUACAGUUUGAAUCGCUGCCUGCCCUACCUCUGCAGAGCAAACAGCCCCUCCCAGAACCUUUUAGAGGUUUGACUCUGUACAGCCUGCCCUGUAGGAGCUCUGACCUUGUUGCGGAGCUGCUUGCUACUCGUUCAGGAGCCAAAUCCUGGGCAGUGGGGCUGCAGGCAGGUUUAUGGGCAAGGAUGCUGGGACCUCAGGGCCACAGGGGCAUUAGAGCACACAGACUUUCCGGGCUUUCCCUGGACAGUGCUGUGUCAGUGCUGGGAAGUCUGCAGGAAACUGACCCCCUACAGCCCUCUGCCAGCCCAUAAAGGCCCUUUACCAGUUUGUGAGGUUGGCACUGGGGACCUGGGUGUGUGAUGUGUGGAGGUGCUAGAACCGGUCAAUUGGGCAGCUUGGUAAAGCCAUUCAACACUGUGACAAAAACAAGAAAACCGAGACGAUGACCUCGUUGCUCUUGGAAGGGAGACAUACGUAGAAAGGAAUUUACAAAUUCCGGAGGGAGGCAGAGAUUCACAGAUACUAUGUCAUGUUUGAAAUAUGAAGUGCGCAACAUGAUCUGCGUUUACUGACAAGUACAGUUUGUCCAACAAUGUCCAACACUUUAAGGCAGCUUUAUAACUCAUUGUGUGGACUGCUACAUAUGUGUGAUAUUACUGUGUUAUUACAAAUUUCCAUAAGAAUCAAAUAACCACAUGCCAUUCUCACGAAAGCUACAGUUAUUUUUUAACUGUAAAUUCAACACAUAAAGGAAUGGUCAGAGUUAUUUCACCGCACACUUCUGAAUACAAACAUGUGCGAUCAUAAUGUUUUGUGAUAAAAAAUAUAUAUUUUGAUACUCAUUUAUAUAGAUUUUUUACACUGUGUGUGUUGUUUAUGUGUGACCCACUUACUUCUUUAAAUCCCACGGAGUGAAUACUCAGGGAAAAUAGUGCCAUGUGAGACUGUCAGGAUGAUGGUACUGUGUGAGAUAAGCAUUUACCAUGGAAAACUGAUCGCAGUGAUUACAGCACAUGAUGCCAGUUUGGUCAACAGCCAAUUAAGUUUACAUGUUCUUUUUUUAUUUUAUUUUUAUAUGGUAAUGUUACUGUGAUUGCGGCAAUGCGGUUUUUCUUGGUUUUUUUUCCUGCUACGAGACUGUAUUCUGUACCUGUUCUCUAAUUUGUUUUUGUACAUCUCAACCUGCGUUGAACUUGCUGCUGUAAAAUACGGAUCCCUUUUUUCAAACCACUUUAUUUCAAUACACAGAUCUUACUAUUACUGCAGUUUUGUUGUUGUGUCAAUAGCCCGUGUUGUGUGCCAUUUUUACUGGUAUUUGUUGGAAAAGAAUUCUGAGU